AUGAAGCCCCAUCCUGGGCCAGAGGAGGCCCGGAGGCUAGCUUCGGACAUCCGCGUGUUCGCCAGCAGCUGCACGAUGCAUGGGCUGGGCCACGUCUUCGGCCCUGGGGGCCUGACGCCUCGCCGAGGGCUCUGGGCCGCAGCCGUGCUCCUGUCUCUGGCCGCCUUCCUCUACCAGGUGGCUGAGAGGGUGCGCUACUAUGGGGAGUUCCACCAUGAGACAGCCCUGGACGAGCGCGAAAGCCACCGGCUCACCUUCCCCGCCAUCACCCUGUGCAACAUCAACCCACUGCGCCGCUCGCGCCUCACGCCCAACGACCUGCACUGGGCCGGGCCCGCGCUGCUGGGCGUGGAGCCCGCUGAGCAUGCCGCCUUCCUGCGUGCCCUGGGCCGGCCCCCCGCGCCCCCCGGCUUCAUGCCCAGUCCCACCUUCGACAUGGCUCGACUGUACGCCAGGGCCGGACACGCCCUGGAGGAAAUGCUGCUGGAUUGCCGCUACAGAGGCUGGCCGUGCGGUCCCGAGAACUUCACCGUGAUCUUCACCCGGAUGGGUCAGUGCUACACCUUUAACUCUGGCGCGGAUGGGGCAGAACUGCUCACCACUCCCAAGGGCGGCAUGGGCAACGGGCUGGAAAUCAUGCUGGAUGUGCAGCAGGAUGAGUAUCUGCCCGUGUGGAGGGACAUGGAGGAGACCCCGUUCGAGGUGGGGGUCCGAGUGCAGAUCCACAGCCAGGAGGAGCCGCCCACCAUCGACCAGCUGGGCUUCGGGGCAGCCCCCGGCUACCAGACCUUCGUGUCCUGCCAGCAACAGCGACUGAGCUUCCUGCCACCACCCUGGGGUGAUUGCAGCUCCGCACCUCUGGACCCCGACUUUGAGCCGGAACCUUCUGGUCCCCUAGGUCCUCCCAGCCCCAGCCCAGGCCCCCAAACCCCCUAUAGUCUGAUGGGGUGUCGCCUGGCCUGUGAGGCUCGCUAUGUGGCUCGAAAGUGUGGCUGCCGAAUGAUGCAUAUGCCAGGCGGGGCGCCAGUGUGCAGCCCCCAGCAAUACAAGGACUGCGCGGACCCGGCGCUGGACGCCAUGCUGCGGAAGGACGCGUGCACCUGCCCCAACCCCUGCGCCAGCACGCGCUACGCCAAGGAGCUCUCCAUGGUGCGGAUCCCGAGCCGCGCCGCCGCCCGCUACCUGGCCCGGAAACACAACCGCAGCGAGGCCUACAUCGUAGAGAACGUGCUCGUGCUGGACAUCUUCUUUGAGGCCCUCAACUAUGAGACCGUGGAGCAGAAAAAGGCCUAUGAAGUGUCAGAACUGCUCGGCGACAUUGGGGGCCAGAUGGGGCUGUUCAUCGGGGCCAGCCUGCUCACCAUCCUUGAGAUCCUGGACUACCUCUGUGAGGUGUUCCAAGACAGGGUCCUGGGAUACUUCUGGAACCGGAAGCACUCCCAAAGGCACUCUAGCACCAAUCUGCUUCAGGAAGGGCUGGGCAGCCAUGGAACCCAAGUUCCCCACCUCAGCCUGGGCCCCAGCGCAGUGGUCUGGGUCUCACCAGGCCCCCCACCCCUCCCUGUGCCGUCACCAAGACUCUGUCUGCCUCCCACCGCACCUGCUACCUCGUCACACGGCUCUAGACCUGGCAUCUGUGUCUUCCGGGCUGCACCUUGA